AUGGACGAGACUUCCGCAGAUAAAUACAGACCUCCCAACACGUCCUUAGAGGUGAUUGAAUCUCUGGGAAUCAUGAUCUACAAGGCAUUGGACUACAGUCUGAAGGAGAGCGAGGAGAGAGAACUCAGUCCGCCUCUGGAGCAACUCAUCGACAUGAUGACCAACAUGGCAGAGAAGGAGAGGGACAGUGACCCCUGCCCUGAUGAAGGUUACGAGGCCACCGAGGAGGAGGAAGACGAGGAAGACCCAAACACUGUCUGUAAUGUAAAAGGAUUCAGAGACAUCAUCAUGCUGUGUACGUCCCACCUGCCCAGCCCCUCUGAUGCCCCUAACCACUACCAGGCUGUGUGUCGGGCGCUCUACGCCGAGACCAGAGAGCUACGCAGCUUCCUGGAGAAGAUCAGGAGUGCCAAAGAGAACCUGCGGCGGAUGGAGGGAGACACACGAGAGGAACCAGACAUAGAUCUCAACGAGCUACAGAAUGCUGACUGGGCUAAGUUCUGGAUGCAGGUGAUGGGUGACCUGCGUAACGGGGUCAAGCUGAAGAAGGUCCAGGAGAGACGGUACAGCCCUCUACCUGUAGAGUUCCAGCUCACACCUUAUGAGAUGCUGAUGGAUGACAUACGCUUCAAACGAUACAAACUACGGAACGUCAUGCUGAAUGGAGACGUCCCUCCCAGGUUAAAGAAGAGCGCUCAUGAGGUCAUCCUGGACUUCAUCCGCUCCAGACCACCACUCAACCCUGUUGCUGCCAGGAAGCUGAAGCCCCACCCUGUGCGGCCACGCAGUCUCCAUGAGCGCCUCCUCGAGGGCAUCAAACAGGAGAGGAAGCUACGGCCUGUAUCACCUGACAUGACCCGGCGCAAUCACCUGGGAGCAGUCAAAAGCAUCAGCACCCCUCAAGAUCUGAACCGCAGCUCAGACCUGUCCACUCCGGAUGCCCUCAGAAAGCACGCCAGCAGCACCCUGGCCCUGUCCGGUCCACCAGCUCACGGGGUGGGAGGGGCUCUUGGUCAGAGGAAGAGGCUCCUGAAGGCACCCACGCUGGCUGAACUCUACAGCUCAGAGUCUGACGAUGAGCCCAGUCACAGCUCCUCCAGUUUGUCAGCGUCCCUGUUAGACGCCUCGUCUCCGGGACCUGUCCUGGGGAAGAACACACCCCCUAGGUUCCUGCCCAUCACCAUGACUCCCCAGCCUGACAGUCGCCCCUCCCCUCAGAGGAGACACUCCAUUGAGAAGGAGCCCCCCACCAGCGUACGACCCUUCACAGCACCCACCAGACAGAGCUCCAAGUCUCUGGUGGAAAACCCCGCCCCCAGCAGUGGUGCUAAGGUGGAGGACUUCUGCUACCCUGUAGAGUGUCUGGCUCUAACAGUAGAAGAGGUGAUGCACAUCAGACAGGUUCUGGUCAAAGCUGAGCUGGAGAAGUUCCAACAGUACAAAGACGUUUACAACGAACUGAGGAAAGGAAAGCUGUGUUUCUCCUGUCAGACUAAAAGGUUCUCCUUUUUCACCUGGUCCUACACCUGCCAGUUCUGCAAAAGGCCUGUGUGCUCGCAGUGCUGUAAAAAGAUGAGACUUCCCUCUAAGCCGUAUGCCAACCUGCCCGUCUCCUCUCUGGGUCCUACUGCCACUCUACCCAGGGAGGAGGCUGGAGGGACAUCAGCCUUGGACACCCCAGAGAAGCACUCGUCCAGCCACAGUCUGCGCCGGACUGUCUCCAGGUUAUCCGAACACAACAGCAGUGAGGGGUCUUGUGACGAGCCGGAGCUGGAUCUUCCCAAAGAGCUGACCGACGACUGGUGUACCAUGGAGGUCUGCAUCAACUGUAAGAAGUUCAUCUCUGAGAUAAUCUCCAGCAGCAAGCGCUCUCUAACCCUGGCCACCAAGCGAGCCUGUCUGAAGAGGAAGACCCAGUCCUUCUACUUGUCUUCACCUAACACAGAUGAUUACAGACCCUCUGAGAGGACCAUCAACCAGGUUUAGACUACAGAUGCUCUGAGAGGACCAUCAACCAGAUUUAGUUUUAGGGUUAGACCUCUCGCUCUCUCGUCCGCUCCUUGGGGGACCCUGUUCCCUAGAUAGUGCACUACAUUUGACCAUGGACCCUGCUAGUGCACUACAUCAGAGUUCAUGUUACUGUGUGGAGUAUUUAGCAUGACUCACAGUGCUCUGGACCCUGGCUGUCACAGUACUCUGGACCCUGGCUGUCACAGUGCUCUGGACCCUGGUUGUCACAGUACUCUGUGGACCCUGGCUGUCACAGUACUCUGUGGACCCUGGCUGUCACAGUACUCUGUAGACCCUGGCUGUCACAGUACUCUGUGGACCCUGGCUGUCACAGUACUCUGUGGACCCUGGCUGUCACAGUACUCUGUGGACCCUGGCUGUCACAGUACUCUGUGGACCCUGGCUGUCACAGUACUCUGGACCCUGGCUGUCACAGUACUCUGGACCCUGGUUCUAGACAGAUGGUCAUUGUGUUAGUAUAUACUACCCACCUGUAAUGGUUCUAGACAGAUGGUCAGUGUGCUAGUAUAUACUACCUACCUGUAAUGGUUCUAGACAGAUGGUCAGUGUGUUAGUAUAUACUACCUACCUGUAAUGGUUCUAGACAGAUGGUCAGUGUGUUAGUAUAUACUACCUACCUGUAAUGGUUCUAGACAGAUGGUCAUUGUGUUAGUAUAUACUACCUACCUGUAAUGGUUCUAGACAGAUGGUCAGUGUGUUAGUAUAUACUACCUACCUGUAAUGGUUCUAGACAGAUGGUCAUUGUGUUAGUAUAUACUACCUACCUGUAAUGGUUCUAGACAGAUGGUCAUUGUGUUAGUAUAUAC